AUGGAAGAUGCUGAAAAUCAUGUUGACGAGGCAAUAAACAAAGUUCUUGAAAUUCAUGCUAGUCGAGUUCCUGGAAAUAUACUUAUUUUUCUUACCGGUCAAGAUGAAAUUGAUCGAGCCAUCGAUGAAGUAACCAGAAAAAUCGAUCCACCUGAAUCAGCUCUUGUAUUGCCAUUACAUGGUAAAUUAAGUGAAGAUGAUGUAAAACUCGUAUUCAUGCCAAUGACCAACAAUGAACGACGUAAAAUUAUCUUUUCGACUAAUGUUGCUGAAACAUCGAUAACCAUUGAUGGAAUUCGACAUGUUAUAGAUUCAGGUAUGGUUAAAGAAGUCAUGUGGGAUUCAAAACGUCAUAUACGAGUACUCAAAAUUGGCUAUACAACACAGAGUUCAAUCAAACAACGACGUGGUAGAGCUGGACGAACAUCAGCUGGAAAGUGUUAUCAUCUUUAUGCAUAUGAUACUUAUCAAUCAUUGGAAGUUUAUUCUCGAGCAGAAAUUCUUUGUAUUCAACCGAGUAUAGCUGUACUUAAAUUAAAAUAUCUUGAUAUAGUCGAUGAUAUUACAAAAUUCGACUGGUUAGAACCACCAUCAGAUAAGAGUCUUCAAGAAACUGUCAAAUGUUUAACAUGGUUAGGUGCACUAGAUUUGAAAACCGGCAAAUUGACUAAUUUGGGUCGUAAUAUAGCCAAACUCGGCCUUGAACCCAUGCUUUCGGUUAUGAUUUUAACGGGACAACAACUCGAUUGUCUCAAUCAUAUACUUGCUCUUGCCGGCAUGUUGAGUGUAGUACAGAAUAUCUGGUGGCGUAGCAAAGAUGAUCAAUCGAAACAAUUAAGUGAUGAAAUACGAGCUUCAUUCAUUCAAGAUACGGAUAUUGGUGGUGAUUAUAUAAUUUUAUUACGUAUUUUUCUCGAAUGGUAUGCUCUAGGUGACAAUAAAGAACGUAGAAAAGCUUGGUGUCUUAAGCAUAUGAUAAGUUGGAAAUCAAUGAAGAUGGCAAAUAAUGUCGUUCGAGAAUUAGCAUAUCAAAUUGAUCCUACAUUUAAAAUUCAUUUUACUAAAUUAAAUGAUGAAUUAGUCAAACGCAUCGUACAUUGUAUAUGUGCAGGAUUCUUUCAAAACUUAGCUAUUUCAAAUGGUCCUAUUCGUGCUGGAUAUCAAUUAGCCGUUGACACUAUAGAUACAGUCGCACAUAUACAUCGAUCAUCGACAGUUAUCUUUGCACAACAACCACCAAAAUUUAUUCUCUAUCAUGAAAUAAUUAAUAUUAACGAAACUAAUUUUCUAACUGUAAUUUGUCCAGUUGAGCUUGAUUGGCUUGAUAAAUCUUGGCUCAAUUCGUUACAACGUUCACCUUCACAAUGUGUAUUCGAAGGUUAUACAUUUGUUAAUCUUGGUCCAACACUUUUACUUUCGCUUGUUGGAAAAAGAUGUCGAAAAGUACCACUACUUGAAGAACAAUUACAUGUUUUAUUUGAAGUAGAUCAUGCACAAUCAAAACUAACUAUUUGGGGUCGUACAGAUAAACUUGCUUAUGCUCAACAAUAUCUUCAAGAGAUUUUAAAUAGAGAACGAGAUAAAUUACAUAAUGAAUUACAAGAAUUCGAAAUUAUUGGUUCAACUAUAAUCUUACUCGGUGCAGGUGCUGAACCUCGAUUAGUAUUGGUAGAUGAUGAAUAUGUAAAAAUUUUGCUCACAAAUUUACCGAAAACUAUAACUGAAGAACAAAUUCAAGAAAAGUGUGAAUUAUACGGACAGGUUCGAAAUGUAACAAUAAUUCGAACAAAUCAUAAUAACACUUCAGCUUCUGUUACUUACAUGGAAUGUAGUCAAGCUCGAACGGCUGUUGCUCAAUUGUCACAUGAAAAAUGGAAUGGAUAUCAAUUGCAUGCAAGUCCUAGCUAUAUACGUACGAUAGUCAAUACAAAAAAGCCGAAUUACACGUUGAAAGCUCAAUGGUAUAUGACUGAAUCUGAAUGUAAUGGUCGUGUAGUGUUUAACAAUCUUGAAGCAGCAAAACAAGCCUAUCAGUUGUUUACGAAACGACAUCAUUUUAACUGUCAAUUUGAAAUGAAUCCUAUCAAUCCAAUAAUUAAAUGUUCUUGGCCAUUAAAACCUCAUCAUGGGCGUGCGAUUGUCGAUUUUGACACUGUUGAACAAGCUCAACAGGCAAUAGAAAAUAUAUAUGAUCAUCCAUUUCGAUUCGAACCAAGUCGGAGGUCAAACACUUCGCUAUACGUUCGAAAUAUUCCUCGAGAUCUUGAUGAAGUUAAUUUAAAAACAAUUUUCAUCGGUUGUACUCAUGUAAUAAUACUUCGAACUCGCAAAAAUGUUAUAGAGACAGCGCCUUUUGAAACUGAAGCUUUUCUUCGUCAUCUAUUCAUUAAAUAUUCAUCGUUUCAAUCGGAAUCGAUUUUUAUUGAACCAAUUCUUCAUGAUGGUCAUGUUAUAGCCUAUAUUCAAUUCACUGAUGAACAAGAAAUGCGAACAGCUGUCAGUGACAUUAACAAUAUGAAAAUUUCAACCGGUUCAGGAAAAUUAAGUCUUAUAAUUCAAGAAAAACGACAAAUGAAACAAACAACAAAAAGAAAUGAAAUACAACAAGAUGAAUUUCGUAUAAAACUCUAUCGAUUACCAACUCAUGUUGAUGAAAAUUUUCUAAAUCGAGAACUUAAUCAAAAUCGUAUUAGUGAUUCUAUGACUUAUGUAAUAGUAUUUCGUAAGAAAUUAUCGGAAAACUAUUUUUCAAAUCGAUCUGGAAUAAUAACAAAUGAAAAUGAAAAAGCUUUGAAUAAUCUCAGAUCACUUUUUACGUCUCGAAAUGAUUUUACUUCUGAACCAUUUAUUGAACUUCGUUCACCAACUGAAGACGGUCGUGUUGUUGCAUUCAUUCAUUUUAAUGAUCCUCGAGAAAUUGUAACAGCUAUUAACAUGUGUAAUUCAUUAGAUAAUCUUACCAUUCAAAAUAUUGGAUUAAAUCAACUUCAUUUUAUUCCUCUUAUUACUCAUCGAAUUCUACUCAAUGAAACACUUGCAAAAGCUAUUGAUUAUAAAAUUGAACAAACUAUAAAAAUAAUCAAAGGUCAUCCAGAUUUACCCAAUAUAAAUUUAUUUAAAAAACCAUUUAUGAAAGAUAAUAAAACCAAUAUUCUUAUUACAAUUCGAGGAACAAAUAUUGAACAACUUUACAAAGCACGUAUGAUCUUUGAUGAUUUAUUGAAAGGUUUACAAUUUCAUCUUUACAAUCAUUCAUGGGUAAGUUUAAAGUUUAUGAAAUUUAUUUGAGCUCUCCACCAUUCAAAAAUAAAUCUCAGCCCAGGGACAUCCAAAUUGCAUGAAACUUUCAAGAUAUGUUGGGACUGGUGAACGUUGGCUAGAGUAAAAUUUUCAACCCUAUAUCAUGACGUUUGACAUAGAUAUUCACCAAACAAGGGUCAAAAAUAGCUCUUUGGUAUCUCCAAGAAUUUUCUGUAGGCCUUCAUUCUAUACAUUUAAUUUUUUUUCGUUUGAAAGCUUGUGUCUAGGGUUAGCCCCUCUCAUGGUUCUUUUUUCUAAAUUCUUACUUUUUAAGCGAAGAAAAGAGAUGACAAGUUUAAUGACUCAAAAAAACCCAUAAAAAAUAGCGCUGUUUUUAUAGAAGUAUUUUCUUAUAUGAAAAUAAAAUGGCUUUUUUAAAAAAGGGGAUCACGAGAGGGGACUAGUUCUAGACAUAAGCUUUCAAACAAUAAAAAAGUUACUGGCUAUAAUGAUGCUUCUUUGAGAAGUCUUGGAGAUGCGAUCUAGAGAACCAAUAGAACGAGAAAAGAUGAAAAAGAUUUUUUUAGUUUUUUUUCAAAAAACAGCUUAUUUUUCGAUUGGGAAGUAACAGAAAUCUUCAAAAAUUUUCUGGAAAAAAUCGAUAAUCUCCAUAUUUUGAUAUUUAAGACGUAGCGUUUGUUUUUCUUCAUUUAGGUCACAAUACUUUUCGAUGCGACAGGACAAAAGUUUCUUCAUGAUGUGCAAACUCGUACUGGUACAUACAUUUGGUGGAAUUGGAAAUCGACAUUUUUGA